AUCCAAUUUAAAAUUCUGAGAGGACACAGUGAUACUGUGAGCUCCUGCCAUUUUUGCUUUGAAGACACAAAAAUACUUUCAUGCUCUUAUGAUAGAACAGUGAAGCUCUGGGAUGUUGAGAAAGGUUUUCCUAUUCAAGUUUUUGAAGAACACACUGCCCCGAUUUCUGAGUGCAACUUGACUGCUGAUGACAGAAGAGUGGUAACAUCAUCAUAUGAUAACACUGUCAAGGCUUGGGAUAUGGAAACAGGAAAAAUGCUUUGGACAGUAGAACAUGAAGGCAUUGUAACUUCAUGUAAUAUUUCUUGUGAUGGUAGAUAUGUGGUAUCUGGUUCAGACAGAGAAAAUGCUAUAUAUGUUUUUGAUGCAAAAAGUGCAACAGUAGUGGCACAUAUCCAAGGCCAUCACAAAAGUACAAUCACAAGAUGUUGUUUUGACCCUGAUAACCAAAGAGUGACUUCAGUAUCAUACGAUAAGACCAUAAAGCUAUGGGAUAUGAUAAAACGAUCCACCUCAAUUACGAUUAAUGAGGCACACAGCAAUGCUAUCUCAGAUUGCUGCUUUACCUCUGAUGGUCAUUACUUGUGCACAGCAUCCUGGGACAAAACCUUAAAAAUAUGGGACAUAAAGACAGGAGAAUUUCAGUGUCAUGAACCCGUUUCCUUGAACCAAGGACAUGAAGGUUGUGUUAGUUCCUGCCUUUUUAGCCAAGAUGCAUCACUUGUUGUGUCUGGCGGAUAUGACAAAACUACAGCUAUAUGGGAUACAGAGGCAGGCUAUAAAAAGCUAAGCUUAAAGGGUCAUUGGGACUGGGUGACAGAUGUUGCGAUUAGCAAAACCAAGAAAUGGAUUCUUUCAGCCUCAAAGGAUUCUACCUUGAGAUUGUGGAAUAUUGAAAAAGUGGAUCAUGUUCCUUCAGUGAUAGAAAGUGGAAAAGCGAGAGGCUCAAAAAUUGCUCAGUGUGAAGAAUGUGAAAAACCUUUCUUACACCUGCAGUGUAGUGAUUCUGAAAUGAUAUCCAAGUGUGUAUUCUGUCGUCUGUCUUCUCCAGUGAGAAAAAUUUUGCUAUUACCACCUUCUGUUUCUCCUGAUCUUUAA